GGGCUUCCCUCAAAGCCACAACAAACCACGCCCCCUACAAACCACGCCCCUUAAAGGCGGCAUAAACAAUCGAAGAUUACUAAAGGCAGAGGAAGCGGAAGAAAAAGGUGGCAUAAACAAUCGAAGAUUAUAGACGCGAUGUCAAUGCCCGUUCAGACAAACAACACAACAUUUCAGGAUGGCACUUGCCCGGAGCUCGUUAAAUUGGGAGUGGACACUUUUCAGUGUCCAAUGUGCCAAAAGGUUGGGCCAUACCAUGCACUUGUUCCACAUUUACAAGGCCACCAGAUUUCUGUGGUUAAAUAUGGAGGUAGGGAAUGGGUGCCUCAGGUUGGUCAGGGAGAUGGCAAAUAUCCAGGGAAGGGAUGUUUUUGUUGCUGACCUGUACGUCACCCCAACAUGGCUCGAUCCUGGAAACACUGAUCCCCUGCUCCAUUUCCCAAGGUCUUGCACAGCAGAUUGUUGCGGGAGCCUGGACAGAGAAGACUGCCCUGGAUUUGAAGGAUGUUCCUAAGCAGACACAUGGCAAUGACUGUGGUGUCUUCAUGAUAAUGUAUGCCUGGUACUUUGCCAUGGAUGCCUGCUUUGACUUCGGUGUUGAUGACAUGUGUCUCCUUAGAAGAUGGUGGUGCAUUGUUCUCUUGGAGAACUUUGGGCUGGAAGGGUAUGGAAGGAAGUUUGCUCAUUUUACAGAUGAAGGAAAGGCAACUCUUCGUGACAAUGUACCACCUGUAUUCAGGAUCACACGCAAAAGAAAACUUGAAAGCCCCAUGAAUCCACAGCACACUGACCCUGAAAUUGAUCACAUGUACUGUAAGAGGCCUUACAGUUUUCCAUCAAGAGAGCAGGUUCAAGUGAGUGAAGAUCGGUGCAUGACAACAACAUAGUGUUUACAGCUGUGCACUAAGUCACGUGUUUUGCAUGUCUUGAUUAAGGACAAUAAUGACAGCAGUGACCAACGCCAGGAUGUGUUCACCACAACCAGAGAUGCUGGGAUCCUGAGUGAGGA